CUACGCAUAUCUACGCACUCCGCUCUCUAUACUCAUCUGAGUUGCACUUCUAACAGUGUUUUAAAUAAGUUCCUCUUCUUUAAAGUCGGUAAAAUGCAGUUCAAAUUGUGCCUGCUACUUCUCGGCAUUACGUUUGCCCUGUGCAAAGACAUAAAAGACGAGCAGACCUGCGUGGACUACUUCAAAACCGGCGAGAAUUUCAACCUCACGGACAUCGUCGGGGAGUGGUACACCGUCUACUAUUGGCCACCGAUGCAGAGAACCAGAACAAAAUGCGGUACCAUGAGCUUCAAAAAAGUGGAAAGAACGUUCUCCCCACUGCAGAAAUGCAUCUCCAAGAUACCGGAAUCCGAACCAAUUUACAAGUGCUUCUACAAGAAUACUGCGGGCAGACUCAUGAAUGUUUACUACUUUGGAAGCGAAGAGGUGAAAUCCCAGUUACGUGGCUGUGAAGUCACAAGCGGAAAGAUGUCCAAAUUCAUCUUCACUGACCUGGGAGACGGUUACGUCAUGGGGAUCAGUUGCUCGUCUGCUGGAAGAGGAGUCCUGCUGUCCAAGAGUCUACCGACUGCCUCCGAGGUGCAGGCGAAAGUGGACGACAUAGAAGUGAUGAAAGGAAGACAGGGCAGCCCGGAUUGUAAACUGUCUGAAUAAUAAAGUGGUCUAAGUUGA